AUGAGCUACUACUUUGCCAUCGUCGGCGCCCAAGACAACCCCCUCUUCGAAUACGAGUUUGGCACCUCCAAGCAGGGCGGCGACGGGCAGUCGCGCUUCACCGACCAGCUCCGCCACCUUAACCAGUUCAUCCUGCACUCCAGCCUAGACGUUGCCGAGGAGCUGCAAUGGGCCCAGGGACAAAUGUACCUCAAAUGCAUCGACAAGUUCUUCAACAACUACAUCUCGUGCUUCGUCACGGGCGCCAACGUCAAGUUUCUGCUGCUGCACCAACCCCUUGUCCCGACGUCGACGACUUCGUCUCGGUCUUCCACAGCUAUAGGCGCGAACCCGACCAGUCCGGCGACAGAGGAAGCCAUCAAGAUGUUCUUCACCGAGGUGUACGACAACUGGGUCAAGGCAGUCAUGAAUCCCUUCUACAGGGCAAACACCGAGGUGACGAGUCCCGUCUUUAGGCAGAGAGUAUCGGCCGCGGGGCGAAAGUAUUUGUGA